AUGACUCGUAUGCUACCAUUCUUGUGCGCGAUCUGGGCGCUGAUCUGCCUGGAAGGGGCAUUGGCACCUGAUCCGCCUACCUUUACACCUGGCUUGCCGACAGCCCAACCUGGACCAGGAUCGCAAGCACAAGCCACCAGCACGGGUGCUAGCUCGAUCAACAUUCCGUCUUCGGCACCCGUAGGCGGCAUCACGAUGACACAACCGAUUCAGACCGCAGAUCCUUCGUACUACAAGAUCGCUCGCGGUGUCGACGUAACGACAGCUACGAGCGUGUGUAGGUCACCCUACAAUUACUCUACCAGCGUCGAGGUGAGCAACCCAAAUCUGCCACAGUUGAUUGCAGCAAGCUAUCGAUUGUUGGUCUAUGAUGAGCGCGGUUUGAGCGUUGGUGCAAGCCCAGGUUUGAUGCAGGCCAACACCAAGGUGGAAUUUGCUCUGUACAAUCCUCAAGCAUAUACGCCGCUGGCGAGUGGAUGGGUCUGUGCGGCGUGUAGUGGCGCUAGCGGGCUCAAGAUGGUGCACCCAGGCUUUGUUGGAUUGAUCGCAGCAGCGGUGGUGGCCAUGGCGAGUGGUUGGGGGUUGUUGUCCAGGCAUAAUGACAUGGUUGGAUUGAGUGAUGACGAGUAG